CCACUUCAAAGUUAUUUAUGGGAUUGUGACCAAAAAAUUAACUAGGUUUCAUUGGACUUAUGCAUAUUGCAAAGGACACAUGAAAACGUAGGCAAAAUUGGACACUAGUUCCUGCGCCGACCUCACUUGUUGUCUCACCGAACGCUCAAAAGGUCACUUUCUUAUAUCAACCACGAGUCACGACUCACGACACAACCCACCUACCCUCUCCUUAUAUAACCUUCAUUUUCAUUCUCACUCCCUCAGACUUCUCUCUUUCUCACCCACUUUAUCGUGUAAAAAUGUCAGCUUUGAACAUGUCCACUAUGAGACUUCCACAAGCUUCCUUGUCUGGAACUGCACCUGCUAGGAGAACUUGUGCUCUUAUCAAGACUCCAUCAUCUUUGAGCUCUGUGAAGAAUGUGUCAAAAGCAUUUGGAUUGAAAUCAUCAUCCUUUAGAGUGUCAGCAAUGGCAGUAUACAAAGUGAAACUGAUUGGACCAGAUGGUGUGGAGAAUGAAUUUGAAGCCCCUGAUGACUCUUACAUUCUGGAUGCAGCUGAGAAUGCUGGAGUGGAGCUGCCUUACUCAUGCAGAGCUGGUGCAUGCUCUACUUGUGCUGGCCAAGUGCUUUCAGGCUCUGUGGAUCAGUCUGAUCAAUCCUUUCUUGAUGAUCAGCAAAUAGAGAAGGGUUACCUUCUCACAUGUGUCUCAUACCCAAAGUCAGAUUGUGUGAUUCACACCCAUAAGGAGGAAGAUCUCUGCUAAGUCAUGAUGUAUGCCUUUUGUUAGUUUUUCUAAGCUUGAACAUGUGUCAUGGUGGUGAUGGUAGCUAGAUUGUUGUGAAACUCUGUUGGUGUUUGUACAACAACUUGAAUCAUUCUAAAUUUAUGUGAAGCUUGAACCCUUUGAUAUGUAGCCAUUAGAUCGGUAUUAAUCAAGAAUAAGGCUGCGCCCAUAUUUUUUAAUGCU